GAGAAGAUGGUUCUACGGAGUUGGUGCAACGUUGUUGUGCGAAUGGUUGCCUUCCUGCAAACGCCCCAGGCGGAGGAAGCUAUGGCAACCAUCAAACUGCCCGAGGAUCAGGUCCUCGAAAACGACGAGCCGCGCCAGCGGCCUCGGUACUGGGAGCGUCUUCUAGCAGCUCAUGACCCCAAGCAUGUGGAGGCGGAGUGUGUAUCCUUGAGCUGA